AUGUCUACAGCCAACGGAUUGUUGAUGAUGUGCUUAGUGGUAUGUUGUCUAUUGUUACAUGCCUUUCCAUCUCUCAACGGUGGUGGAUGGUCUUGUGCUGCGGCAACAACCAAUAGCACUUCCACUACUUCUGGUAAUGUCAGAGAUUGGUUAAAUUCAUUAAAGAAAGAGGCAUCUGCAUUAGAAUUAACCGUCUCUCAAUUGGAAAAGGUAAUUGCAGUAUUGAGUAAGGCAAAUUUCACAUCGCUCUCAAUUCGUCAAACUCAAUUAAGUAAGGUAAAGAGAGCUUAUGCUACUCUUUCAGAAGAAAUUCAAAUUUUCAAUUCUACAUGUAAUGCAUUUGAUGGUCCUGAUUGUAAUAUUGUAAAAUCUUCAUGUGAUGUCAAAUGUUCUGUAUGCUCAUCUGCAGGUCAAUGUUCAGUUUGUUCAGGAAAUUGGGAUGGAGCCACAUGUUCCACAUGUAAGAGUGGUUGGACAGGAUCUAAUUGUGAUGUGCAAACUCUCUCUUCCACCAAUAGUAUUUUCACAUUUGGAAGUGGCAUUUUGAAAUCCUGUGCUGAAUAUAAGAAACAAUUCAAUGAUUCUGCAGUGAGUGGUUUGUAUUGGAUUAAACCUGAUGCUACCAAAUCAGAAUUUGUGGUCUAUUGUGAACAAUCUGCUAAUGGAGGUGGUUGGGCACUUGUUUCAUCAAGAAAUGUUCAACUAGCUCCAUAUUAUGUUGAUAUAGUCAAUGUAACCAGUGAUGGUGCUUCAAUGAGAGAUGAUAAAUGGGCCAUGUUGAGAAGUGCAUCAACUGAGAUCAUGUGGAAAGAUGCAACAGGAACAGGUUUUGCUGUUUCUUUAAUUUCUGUUUGGACAGCUCCGGGAAUUUGUGUCCCAUUGAGCACUAAAUUGACAGAUCUUUCACUGGGUCAUAUAGAAAACAAUGGAUGUGAUGGAACAGGUUUAGAUUAUUGUCUUUUUGGAGGUGGUCCUCUUAAUCAGAAUUCUCAUGUGUAUAAUCUAUGUGCAGGUUCAACUUUCAAGCAAUGGACAUUUAGUGGUUCAUAUUCGGUAAUACCAAAAGCAAAUAUGUAUGUGAGAUAA